AUGGAUACAACUGCUAACGAAGCCGCUCAAGUGGUAGCAUUAAUGGAAUCAGGGAUGCGUCAAUGUGAUGUUGCACGGCAACUAAACUUGAGCCGUUUUGCCGUUCGACGAGUUUUCCAACGUUAUCAAGAGACUGGUGGCUUUAUCCGGAGGCAUGGAUCAGGCCGACAACGCUGCACAACGGACAGAGAUGAUCGUUUUAUUGUCUCGACGUCUUUGCGCAAUCGAUUUUCCAAUGCUGUAGAGCUUCAACAGCAACUCCGCGCAGCUCGCAGUACAACAGUAAGCACCUCUACGGUUAGGAGAAGGUUAGGAGAACAAAAAAUUGUGGCCCGCAGACCUGCUACCGGUCCGAAACUGACUGCACAGCACCGCAAAGAACAGUUACAUUUUGCCCGUGAACAUUUUAAUUGGACGCUUGACCAAUGGAAGACUGUGCUCUUUUCUGAUGAAACAAGGGUGUGUCUAUACAGCAAUGACAAACGNAAAUGUAAUAUGGUUGAAUUAAUUGAGAAUUAA